ACUGUUAGGACGCGUAAUCACAAAACCCAAAAAGACUAAUCUUCAUAGAUUGUAAAACCCAUGUCAAACUAUACCCAAUCCGACAAUCAUACCCAAGUUUGAGUAACAUAAGAAGUUAAUAUGUAUUUAUUCAUCUAACCACCUUUCGUUACUUCCAGGGAAUCAUUACUUCAGCCUGCACAAGUCCACCAUCUUAUUCAGCAAUGUCGUCUGUUUCAAGGUUCAGUGCUGAAACCAGUGCUCCCGACUGUCUUGAUAAUGGUGUUUCAGCUAUCAUACAUGGGGAAGCGUCAUGCAUUUCACCUGACUUAGAUAGCUUUCAUUCAGAGGCCAGAGAAAAUGCCAUGGUGAGAUACAAAGAGAAGAAGAAGGCCCGACUGCAUGAAAGACGAAUUAAUAGUGCAUCACGGAAAGCAAGAACCGACGUAGAGAAGAUAGUAAAAGGGAGAAUUAUGAAGAGGGAGGACUAUGAUUCUGAUAAUCCAAAUGUGACAAAGAGCUGUUAAUCCUCUAUAUUCUCAUAUAUAUAUAUAUAUAUAUAUAUAUAUAUAUAUAUACACUUCAUAUUUUAUCAGUUCCAGAUUCAGUAUGUUCCCACUUGUUACUCAAUCUUCCAUUUUAUACUCAACCAAUUCUUUCUCUCCCAUCUAUUUAUGUUAUUGGAUUCUGGUCUAAGCAUGUGUAUGUUCUUUUAGAGAUGGUAUUACAUGAUAGUUGGUAUCUACUUUUAUAUCUUAAAUUGAUAUUAAGUAGCUAUUAAAAUUUUGAUGUGUCUGUUAUAUUAA